CGGAAUUCUGAUUCCCGAAUAUUGAAGUAAACACGGAGCCGGGAGUCUACUGCUGCACAUCUGAUUCCCGAACAUCUGAAGGAAACAAGGAGCCUGGCGUCUGCUGCUGUCGCCGUUCCUGUCGCGGUUCGUACGAGUAUCGCGGCUGCCUUAAUGGUUUCUAGGCAAAUUAGGAACGUUUUCAAGGAUUAGUAAGAAGACACGUGAUGCUGUGCUUUUUGCUCCUGACACUCCACUGGACGACAGUCACUGCAGCACUGCAGCCAUCCACACACAACACUGCCCUUCAAGAAGAUGGAACAAGGCCAUACAUUUACUACUGUCGCUCGCCCAAUAUGGAGAUCUUCACUUGCUGGUGGCGGCCAAUUGCUAAUCAGGAUAAUGUCACAUACACGCUCCUAUAUACCAGGGGUGAACACGCUCCUCAGGAGUGUCCCGAUUAUGUGAGCGGUGGCAUCAACAGCUGUUUCUUUGAUGCCAAGCACACUCAGAUCUGGGAGAUGUACUGCAUGAACGUGACAGCACACACACACACUGGGCCCAUCACCUCCAAGAAACAUUGCCUGGACGUGGCCGAUAUAGUGGAGAUCGACCCGCCCUUUAACCUGACGUACAUUAUGCUGAAUGAGAGUUUCUGUGAAUCCGGGCACAGUAUUUUGUUGUCAUGGUUGUAUCCAGUUGCCUCUCAAGUGCGUGAAGGAUGGAUUACGCUCAUCUACGAGCUACACUACAGACAUCUCGCUCAGCCAAACAACUGGAGGGUGAAAGAGCGUUUGCGUGAGCCUCAUGUGGAGUUGUUGGAUCUGCCGGUGGGAACAUAUGAGUUCAUGGUCCGCUGUCGCUCCACCAACAGCAAACACUGGAGCUCUUGGAGCGAGUCCAUUAACAUCACCAUCAGCGGGAGACCUCUGUCCAAUCGGAUGUUGGCCUUCAUCCUUGUGACCAGCAUUGCCAUUAUGGCCUUCCUUAUUAUUGGUUUUGGCAUCAUCCCACGAGGCAAGAGAAUUAGAUCAUUCUUCCUGCCACCAAUUCCCAAACCGCGCAUCCGAGGGCUUGAACCUGUUCUGCUAAAGAAGGGGAAGAUUGACGCGAUCAAUCUUCAUUUCUCCAGUUUUCACGGCUAUAAGUCACCACAGUACUGCAUGGAGACGUGGUACCAGGUGAGCGUGGACAUGUGUCCGCCUUCGAUGGCCAACAGUUUCCCAUCUCAUUAUAAACACGAGGAUGUGCCGAUCACCCAGCACGUCACCUGCCCCGAUGGACAACAGUAUGUUCAGACAACCUGCAGUCCUGCUCCUCACUGUUGUAGCCCCGCCUCCUACUGUGAGGGAACCACGCCCCCUCAAAACUCUGGUCACGCCCACCCUGAGCUUGUGUCCACUCCAGGCAUGGACUACAGCAUGAUUCUAAACUCGGCCCCUGCACCACCUCCGAUUCAGGACUUCUAUACAUGUGUGAAUGGCUUGAUGCCUGGUGGGGUGCUGCAUCUGGUACCCUGCCUGCCUGACAUGCUGAAAAACAUGCCCUACCUGCAGUUUAAAGAGGGAGCGGAUGAUGGCAUGGACAAGAGCAGUCAGAUAGCGGUACUGCUGGAGAAGCAGAUGGAGGCGCUGUUGAGCGUGAGUGAAACAGACCCAAGCGAAGCUGCCAUGCCUUUGCUACCUCAUUCAUCAGGCACAAACUGAGAGAAAAUCAGCAAAUGCUGCAGCGUCUGGUAAUGCACAUGUGACAUACAAUCCCACCCACUCUGCCUCAUACUAAUACACUAAUACAGCCCGGGUGUUACGCAGUCUGUGCUGGUUUGUUUUGAUAGGAAAUAUUACUGGUGUUUUAGUUCAGAAUGAGUACAUUCGCAUGCAGGAAGGCUGAUUCAAAGCACAACCGUCAGCACAGCAUAUUUUUUCACUGCUUAUAUUAAGAAAUAAGGUUGUUCAAAUUGAAGCAUGAGUCUACUUUUGCAACGAUGGUCCUGCACAAUUAAAGUAACAACACAUUGUUGAUGGACUAAAUGAACAUUUUUUGAAUUAGAGAAAGUCAUGUAAAUUAUUUAGUUACCAUUCAGAUGCAUAUUUCCAUAUUUAUCUAAAUAAGAUUUUACAGGUUAUUAAGGUUGUAAUAUUUAUCAGCAACUUAAUUCUGAUGACCGUCAUAAUGCUUGUUUCUAAGUAAAAC